UUAAACACAUUCAAUCUGGAUGAAACAGUUAAAACAGCAAGUGAUCUUAGCAAUGGUGUCUGUCUGAUUAAUGUUCUCAGCCAAAUAUCUUCAACAUUUUUCAAUGAAGAAUGGUCAUCCAAAUUAAAAACAGACACAUCCAAUAAUUGGCGAUUAAAAGCUAGCAACUUGAGAAAAAUUUUGAAAAAAUUAUUGGAUUUUUAUCACCAGGAAUUACAAUUUAAUGUUCCUGAAAACCAUCAACCUGAUGUUAAUUCAAUAGCGGAGAAAAAUGAUGAAAAGGAAUCAAGCAAGUUGAUUCAGUUGCUGCUUGGCUGUGCGGUGAACUGCGACAACAAAGAGGAAUACAUACAGAGGAUCAUGUGCAUGGAGGAGUCUGUCCAACACUCCAUCAUGCUGUCAAUCAAAGAGUUAAUGUUGAGUGAGUCUGUGAAUGUAACAGACCAUGAAACCCAUCAUAGCCAUGCACAGGUUAAUGAAUUGAUGAAUUUUGAUAAUGACUCACUGGUGCACAGAUGUAAUGAGUUGGACCAGCAAGUGCUGCUGUUGUCAGAGGAGAGGGCAGCUUUGAAGGUUGAGAAUGAAAAGUUAAACCAGAGAGUUAAUCACGUUGACAUACUUGACGAUGCCAGUACACCGCUUGGCCGAAGGUUUCAGCAGCUGCAAAAGCAAGCAGAUCAACUGCAAGAUGAACUCUUCAAGUCUGAAGCAAUGAAAGAUGAUUACAAGAUUAAAUGUGAAAUCCUUGAGAAGGACCUCCUUCUGAUGCAAAAUAAGGCGGACUCGUUAUCUCGAUUGACUGAAGAGACGAGAAACAUGAAGGAUGAGUUAGACAUCCUUAGGCAUACAUCAGAUAAAGUGGCUAGAUAUGAGAUGACAAUUAGCAGCUUGAAGAAGAAGAUCGAUGACAUGGAUGAACUGAGAAAUCAGUUGAAGAUGACUGAGGAUAAAAAUGUCAAACAGCAAGAGAAGAUAUUUCAACUGGAAGAGGAGUUGAAAAAGUCGAGUAGUCACCGUACUCAGUUGGAAGUGCAGAAGAGGCAGAUGAUUGACCUUCAGCUGAGGGUGACGGAGGAGUGCAACAAGUCGGACAAGUUGCAGGUCGAUCUUUCCAGGUGUCAGGAGAGGUUCGCUGAUCUCGUGAAGGAGAAGGAGGUUAGUUAUGGCGGUGAAGAUGAUGAUGAAGAUGAGAUUGAAAAUGAAGAAGAUGAUGAUGGAAAUGGUAAUGAAGAUGGUGAUAAAGAUGAUGAUGAGGAUGAAGAAGAUAAUGAUGACGAUUUUAUGUAUUUAAUUUUACGUGUGUUAGCUCACUCGAACGAGUGUCAUCACAUUAACUAUCAUCGUCGUCGUCGUCAUCAUUACACUUCGUCAUAUGGCAUUGUUAUAAUUAUUUAUCAUUAA